ACAGCGGGACAUAUCGCAGGCAGGGCACGUCCAGAUAAUCUCCGUUUACAUUCGCCUAUACUCGUGAAGAUACCCAAGAGUUCCCGGCGUGUCGGCUGUGCGUCAUACGUGUCUGAUUAGACCUGCACUCUGACGUUGCCUACAGCCAUUCAAACACCUCAUAUGGCUCUGAAAAUCUAAAUUGCUUGAAAAAUGACGAAAACCGAGUGACGAAGACAACUUUUCCAAUGAUAAAGGAGACGCUCAACAAGUUGCAGGAGUCCAGAGCGCGUAUAUGUCCACGCGACCGGGUUUGCAUUAAUCCGCUCUCCCAGCUGCGAAUAUAUCUCAUCUGUCACAGAAAUAAAGCUCUGGCACUGUCACGUCUUUCCAGAUUACGGCGGGACUCACGGCGGAGCUCACGAGGCGCACUCCAUUGAGAAAAAAGGGGGCAUUUAGAGAAGGUUAUCUGAAUGAACGACUCUGCGCUCCCCUCGCCUUCCUCUUCUCGCCUCCCUCAGACUGUUGCAUGUGUCUUGUAUCCGGCUGGGUGAGGGUUGUCUCGCGUUAUCAGCACGUAUCGGUUCAGCGCUGGAUAAAGCUGUCAUUCCUCAAGAGAGCGGCAAAUGUCGAAGAAACGGAAAAGUCCUGAUGAGGAGGACUUUGAGGUUUCCCCCGGGUGCAGCCUGCAAGGUUUGACGGAUGAGAAAGUGAAGGCCUACCUCUCGUUGCACCCUCAGAUGCUGGAUGAGUUUGUGUUGGAGAGUGUGAGCACAGAGACUCUGGAGCGAUGGGUCAAGAGGAAAACCAGCUACAAGCCUACAGAUGACACGUCGUCAAAGGAAGUUAGCAGGCAGUACCAGGACAGUAACAUGCAGGGCGUUGUGUACGAGCUCAACAGUUACAUGGAGCAGCGCCUCGACACGGGAGGCGACAACAAACUUCUGCUUUACGAGCUGUGCAACAUCAUCAAGACUGCAACGAAAGCUGAUGGAUUUGCACUUUAUUUCUUGGGAGAAUGCAACAAUAGUUUAUGUUUAUUCACUCCAACGGGAGCCAAAGAUGGUCCUCCCACCCUCAUUCCCUCUGGCCCCAUCGCGUUUGGGACGACCAUAGCCGCUCAUGUUGCCAAGACUCACAAAACACUGCUGGUAGAGGACGUCAUGGGGGAUGAGCGCUUCCCCGACGGCACAGGACAGGACUCAGGGAUCCACUCUGUCCUGUGUCUGCCCAUCCUCACUGCCAUCGGAGACCUGAUCGCCAUUCUGGAGCUGCACCGGCGACGAGGCAGGGAGCCCUUCAACCUCAGCCACCAGGAGGUUGCAACAGCUAAUCUAGCCUGGGCCUCAGUCGCUAUUCAUCAAGUACAGGUAUGCAGAGGCCUCGCCAAACAGACAGAGUUCAAUGACUUUCUACUUGAUGUGUCAAAAACAUACUUUGAUAACAUUGUGGCAAUAGAUUCUCUACUUGAACAUAUUAUGAUAUAUGCAAAAAACCUGGUAAAUGCAGACAGGUGCGCGCUCUUCCAGGUAGACCACAACAACAAAGAACUGUACUCCGACCUCUUUGACAUUGGGGAGGAGAAAGAAGGCAAACCUGUCUUUAGGAAAACCAAAGAAAUUAGGUUUUCUAUAGAGAAAGGGAUAGCUGGUCAAGUAGCACGGACAGGGGAGGUUUUAAAUAUCCCAGAUGCCUAUGCAGAUCCAAGGUUUAACCGGGAGGUGGAUUUGAAGACUGGGUACACCACGCGUAACAUCCUGUGCAUGCCCAUUGUGAGCCGUGGCACAGUGAUCGGAGUGGUGCAGAUGGUGAACAAACUGAGCGGAAGUGCCUUCACUAAAACUGACGAGAACAACUUUAAAAUGUUUGCUGUCUUUUGUGCUUUGGCCUUACACUGUGCAAAUAUGUACCACAGAAUCCGGCAUUCUGAAUGCAUCUACAGAGUGACUAUGGAGAAGUUGUCUUAUCACAGCAUCUGCACAUCAGAGGAGGCCAAGACCCUCACGCAACUCAACCUCCCAGCUCCCAUUUACAAAGAAAUAGAAACGUUCCACUUUGAUAUCAGUCCCUUUGAAGAGAUUUGGCCUGCUGUGUUUAUCUAUAUGGUUCAUAAUUCCUGUGGAAAAACUAGUUUCGAGUUAGAAAAAUUGUGUAGGUUCACUAUGUCUGUCCGCAAGAACUACCGUCGUGUGCCCUACCAUAACUGGAAGCAUGCGGUCACGGUAGCACACUGUAUGUACGCCAUCCUACAGAAAACUCCAGGGAUUUUCACAGAGCUAGAGAAAAAGGGUUUAUUAGUAGCCUGUCUGUGCCAUGAUCUUGAUCACCGUGGUUACAGUAACACGUACCUGCAGAAGUUUGACCAUCCUCUGGCUGCUCUGUACUCCACGUCCACUAUGGAGCAGCAUCACUUCUCGCAAACUGUCUCCAUCCUGCAGGAAGGGCACAAUAUUUUUUCCAACCUGAAUUCCAGCGAGUACGAGCAGGUGUUGGAGAUAAUCCGAAAGGCCAUCAUCGCCACAGACCUCGCCCUUUACUUCAACAACCACCAGCAGCUGUCCGAGCUCCUGUCUGUGGGCGCUCUGGACCUCAACAACCACUCACACAGGGACCGUGUGAUUGGUCUGAUGAUGACAGCAUGUGACCUGUGUUCUGUUACCAAGCAAUGGCAAAUCACACGACUCACCGCCAACGACAUCUAUGCAGAGUUCUGGGCCGAGGGAGAUGAGAUGAAGAAGAUUGGGAUCCAGCCAAUACCCAUGAUGGACAGAGACAAGAAGGAUGAGGUUCCCCAGGGCCAAGUGGGAUUUUACAAUGCAGUUGCAAUCCCAUGUUACACAACAUUAGCAGAGCUGUUUCCUCCGUCCGGUGCUCUUCUUAAAGCCUGCAAGGAGAACCUGAGCCAAUGGGAGAAGAUUGCGAGUGGCGAGGCGGAGGACAUAGUGGUGAAGGAGCCCAGUCGGUCGUCUGCUGGAGAUUCAGGUCCCGUGAAGGUGGAUAACUGACCCAAAGGACCCUUGCUGUGCCACCAAAGGAGUUUAAGCUGGACCCUGCUCCGAGCUGUGAAAAGGGCCGGUGUUAGCAGCAGAUGACAAAGCUACAUUCAAAUUUGACUUUGAAAACACACAGUAACCUCAUCAGGUGACGGAGGUGUCCACACAGAUCCAGGGACUGACACGAGACUUCUGCAGCCCAGGAACUUAUGUGGUGAAAGAGACUGGCUGUUAUGAUUUUAUGUUGUUAUAUAAUUUUGUUUUUAUUUGAGCUGUAUCUUUUGUGGUCUUGCAUUUGAGAGGCCUUAACUCUGAACCUUUUACUGGCUUUUUAAAUGGUACUGUUUGCCUUCUGUGGUAGGGUUAUGGAUCAUAGCAGACUACUCCAGAAAGGUAUUCCCAGUGACAGAAGGAAUGUGUGGCAGAAACGCAGUGUGAUGUGAUGCCACCUUAUUGAAAAGGUGAACGUGAGAAUGUUUUUGUUACUUUUUAGCAAAAAUCCUUUGCAGUACUUGAAUAAAGACACACAAACUCUUGAAAGCUCUCACAGCCUAUUUUUACAAAAAUAUGGGCAAACUGUGAGAGAAGUAAGAUAAUGUUCAUACUUGUGAAUGCAGUCACAAGAGAGUCACAAUGUGCAGCCCAUAGCAUUGCCCCUGGUCCUAUUGGCAUUUCAAAACCUGCUGUGCACUAUAUCCACAUGUGGUUAGUGAGAUUUCCCCUAAUUUAACAGCCUGAAUAUUCUAUAGAUGAAAUACAAGCUAGAAAAACAAUGCACAAUUAGCUUCUGUUGGGAUUUCUGUCUGACUGGACUGAAGAAUAGUUUAUCCACUGUCAUAACAUUUCCCGACUCAACUUUUGUCAUUAAUAAUUUCACACUACAAUCUGGGAGGAGCUGUGCCUUAGUUUCUCUCAUUAAUCAGUAAUUAUUUUGCCCUCAUCAAUUAAACAAGACGGACCACACAAGUUGGUGAAGAUCUCAAACACCACAUAUUGUUACUAAUGGAGAAGGCAAACAUCAAGGAAAGGUGAAAAUAUUUAAAUGCUUUAGAGAUGUUUUUGUUGAAGCAUUCGUCCACUCGCCUCUUUUCAUUCAACAGAGAAGCCUCUUUGAUCCAAGCCUGAAACGACAUUUCAGCUCAUAUUUUCCCAUAAUGCUUCAGCUGUUAAAUCAAAAAACAUAUUUGAGACUGUGGGACCUAUCAUGUUGGUGACUAUUCAAAAAUAAAUGAAUCCCACAUGUACGGGACGCAUCCAAGAUCUUCCAAAAGACUUUUUUGCCUAAAACUGUCAUUCCAGUGAACGUUGUCCAAGGCUGAAAUUAUCGCCAAAAUGAUUUGUUUUUAUGACUGGUACUGUGGCCCUCCCCCUUUUGGUGUGAAUGUAAUUUAAAUUUGACAAAUGUUUUAUUAAAUGCAGAUCUGUGGUGUUUUGGCAUGUGAGUUAGUAAGUCAUCAGUUGAUACGAUGCUUACUCUGUCUUACUUUCGGCAAUUGCUUCCAGUAAGCUUCAACCAAGAGCAACAAUUAGCAUGCACCUAAUAUGAAAUGGAUAUAUACUUUUGCAUAUAUAAUAGGUGUAUUCUGUGUACAAUCUAGAGUUGUGUUUGUAUGGACAUAUUGCUCUUAUGGUGCUAAACUGAGUGGCAGUUUCAUGCACUUUUUGACAGGUGUGUGUUCACUGUGUGUGUCUGUGAGUGACUGGCCCCUGCACCUCUGUCCUGCCUCGACUCCCCCUCCCCACCUCCCACACCCCUGUUCCAAAUGAGAACUGAGAACACUGCACUGUCCCUCGACUCUACAGCACCAGUUAUAUCCCAUUGUCUGCACUAUGUUUAGCUUAUAAUCUUUAUCCUUAAUAUUAUUGAUGAUUAUUAUAUUAUUGCUAUUAUUACUAUUGUUAUUUUCUUAAUUAGAGUUAAAUUUAAAUUAACUUAUAUUUUUAUACAAAGAAAAAUAAAGUUGGCCUUUUUGUUUUGUACAAAGUAAACAUUAAGAUAAACAAAAUGGUCUAGACAAGUUACUGUUACCCAGAAUAACUAAGGAAUGUCUAAACUGUAAAUGUAUGAGCAGUAGCCAAAUGAAUUUUAUUAAAUACAUUAAAAAUUACAUAAUUUC